AUGUCUUAAUCACGUGAAGAAUUAAUUUAUUUAGCUAAAGUAAAUGAAUAAUGCGAAAGAUUUGAAGACAUGUUAUCAAACAUGAAACAAGUCGUCAAACUAGACUAAGAGCUUUCCAUUGAAGAGCGUAAUUUACUCUCUGUUGCUUACAAAAAUUCUGUCGGAUCUCGCAGAACUGCUUGGCGCGCCAUUUCUUCAAUUGAAUAAAAAGAAGAAUCAAAAGGAUCAAAAAACAUUAAUCUUCUACGUGAAUACAAAAAGAAAAUCGAAUAAGAAUUAUCAUAAUUUUGUAAUGAUAUUUUAGAACUUUUAGACUCUCAUUUAGUUCCAAAAUCUAAAGAGAUUAUUAUAGAUAUAUUGCUAGAAUAUGCAUCUGGAUAAACCCAUGAUUAAGCCGCUAAUGGAGCUUUAGAUGCCUAUUAAAAAGCUUCAGAUAUUGCUAAUAAAGAUUUAAAUACUACUCAUCCUAUAAGAUUGGGAUUAGCCUUGAAUUUCUCAGUUUUUUAUUAUGAAGUUAUGAAUGAUCCCUCUAAAGCUUGUAAUUUAGCUAAAUAGGCUUUUGACGAAGCUAUUGCAGACAUUGAACAUAUUGAAGAAGAUUAAUAUAAAGAUGCAACAACUAUUAUGUAAUUAAUUAGAGAUAAUUUAACUCUUUGGACAUCGGAACUUUAAAAUGAUGAAGAAGAUGCAUAAGUAGAAAACAUUUGA